AUGGUGCGCCGUCGUAAACCUGAAGAGGGACAUUAUAUAGAGAAAGACUAUCUAACGACAUAUGAACUUAAUCGUGCACUGAACAUUCUUAUAAGAGCGGUACAUGUAGAUUUCGCACAUGAAAUGAGUUGCUUGGAGAAUAAACAUCCGUUGCCCAAAAAUUCUUUACGUCGAUUCGUUAGCAGAAGAGGUGCAGACUUGUACUCCGACUGUGGAAUUACCCUUGUGGGCGCCGAUAAAGAACUGCAAAAUUACUUUAAAAAUCAGAAAGCAGCGCUCACUGAACAUCUAGCAGCGGCACUAGCAAACGAAGGUACAACCUGGCACUUCAUACCACCUGCGUCUCCCCACUUCGGAGGCUUAUGGGAAGCUGGUGUGAAGUCGACUCAACAUCAUUUACGUCACGUAAUGAAAGAUCGUACACUUACUUAUGAAGAAAUGAGCACCUUACUCACACAAAUUGAGAAUUGCCAAAAUGCGAGGCCAUUGUGCCCUUUAACGCCCAGAUGA